CUGCCCCUAGUAUGUCCAGGAUGUGGUGCUCUGAGCCAGACAGUCGAGGCUGAAUCGCCUGGUUUCUACAGCCCAAAACGGCGGAAUACGCGCCGGCCGAAAAUGAUCGACGAGGACCGUGUUUUUGAAGACGCCAUUGCAAGAUUGGCUGGCGAUGAUGUCGCCGAUACUGCUACUCUCACCACAGCAGCAGCAACGGAAGUGCUUCCGGAGAACACGAAACCGAUGCUGUGUGAUCGAUGCCAUAAUUUAAUCUAUCAGUCCAAAGGCACGUCAAUCCUGCAUCCUUCCAUGGAGUCAAUUCGUGACAUAAUCGAAGCGAGUCCACACAGAGACAACCACAUCUACCACGUUCUGGACGCCGCCGACUUUCCCAUGUCGUUAAUCCCGAACCUCAUCUCCCGUCUCGACCUUCCACGACUACGCACUCGGAAUCGACGCUCCAAAGCGACCCAGUAUAUCAGAGGCCGUCAGGCUGACAUUUCCUUCAUCAUCACUCGCUCUGAUCUGCUCGCGCCGCAGAAAGAAAUGGUUGAUCGCCUGAUGCCCUAUCUGCAGGAAGUGCUCCGCGACGCGCUGGGACGAGCUGGCAAGAACCUUAGAUUGGGAAACGUGAGAUGCGUCAGCGCAAAGCGUGGCUGGUGGACACCGCAGGUGAAGGAAGAGAUCUGGAAGCGAGGAGGAGCAGGAUGGGUAGUGGGCAAGGUCAACGUUGGCAAAAGCGCACUAUUCGAAGUCGUCUAUCCCAAAGGCAGGAGCUUAUCUGCUCAGGACCAGGAGAAGCUGCAGAAGGCUGCAGAAGGAGCACUGGAGCCAAAGCAAGAUGCCCAAUCAUUUCCAUUCGUGCCUGGUGAGAUCAACGACUCAGCACAGCAGACCUUGCGGCAACUGGAAGCAGAGGAGGAAGAUGACAAGGAUGGAGACGAGGACGAAAACCUCUCCUUGUUGCCACCAGCUCAAAAGGAGGUGCAGUAUCCUGAUAUGCCCAUCGUCUCAUCACUCCCAGGGACCACUGCUGCUCCUAUUCGCCUGCCCUUUGGUAAUGGGAAAGGUGAACUCAUCGAUCUUCCGGGCGUCAUGCGGAGCUCGAUGGAAACGCAUGUCAAGCCAGAACACCAUGCGUCUCUCGUCAUGAAGAGCAGGAUAAAGCCCGAGCAGUACACACUCAAGCCUGGCCAGUCGCUCUUGCUCGGCGGCAUAGUUCGCAUCACUCCAAAAACGGAAGACUUGACGGUGUUAGCCUACCCAUUCACUCCACUUCAUGCUCAUGCUACAGCUACUCGCAAAGCUAUAGCUAUUCAAACUGGGUUGGAUGAAGAGGGAGAGCCGUAUACCGGGACGGUGGACAACAUUGGAACGGAGAAGGCAAAGCAACGCAUCAAGAGUGCUGGUACGUUUAAGCUCGAAUGGGAUGCCACAAAGCAGCGCACUGGGUCUUUGACAGAUAAGACUGCUGGUAAAAGAAAGGUCGCAGAUCUGCCUUUCAUUGUCUACAGUGCCGAUAUUUUGAUCGAAGGUGUUGGCUGGGUUGAGUUGGCAUGCCAAGUCCGCAGCCGUAAGAAGAGCUUGAUUUCUGAUGCAUUCACCGCGGAACUGGGCCAUCAAGCAGAUUCAGCGAAUAGUGUUCCUGAGGUGGAAGUAUUUACUCCCAAGGGCAAAUUCAUUGGUAUUCGCAAGCCAAUGAAUGCAUGGAUU